AUGCCCGUGACAACGGUAGGGCAGAAAGAGAAGCCUGUCAAGUUUCAACCUUGCCUAGAUUUGCGGCGCUCAUUGAUGACAGCGACGACAACGCAAAUCGAUCAAGUCCCACUGGAUCUCUCGAUUCAGUCAACAAUAGCUGCGCCACAAUUCGAGAUUUCGGUUGAGGAACUGAAGCUUCCACGACCACCUGAUGUCCCGUUUGGUCCAAAAGAGUGGGAGUGUCCUUAUUGCUUGGUGGUUUGUCCUGUCAAAGAAUUUGAGCCGGAUAACUGGAAGUAA